AUUUUAGGUUUGCAAAGAAAAGCAUCGCUUUGAGAGACUGAUGGAUCACUUCCGCAGUGAGGAGGGAAACAUUGACUUCAUGGUUGCUUGCAUGCAGUUCAUCAACAUUGUAGUCCACUCAGUUGAGGACAUGAACUUCAGAGUCCAUCUGCAGUAUGAAUUCACCAAGCUGGGCCUGGAUGACUACCUGGAAAAAUCCAAACAUACAGAGAGUGACAAGCUGUCAGUGCAGAUCCAGGCCUACCUGGAUAACGUAUUUGAUGUGGGUGGCCUGCUGGAAGAUGCAGAGACCAAGAAUGCAGCGCUGGAGAAGGUGGAUGAACUGGAGGAGCACCUGUCACAUGUGACGGAGAAGCUGCUGGAGGUUGAGAAUGAAACGAUGAUGAAAGUAGCUGAUCUGGAGAAGCUGCUCCUUCAGAAAGAUAAGGACCUGCAAGCAGUCCGGGAGACAUACGAGUCAACCAACACCCAGGUCAACACCCUGAGGAGGAUGAUCAAGGAGAAGGACGCGGCAUUCCAGAGACACUUCAACAUCGAGAGGCGGCUGCUGGAGCUGGAACAGCAAGGCACCAUCCGUCUGCACAAGAAACCUGACGGAGACAUUGCCAUUGAGCCACUGGCUGUCGGCGGUGCGGGUGGUGUUGGGAGCGGCGGUCUUGGGAUCCCUUUGGGGGACAUUGGGCAGCUGUCUUUGGGUUCAACAGCUGGGCUGACAGAACCAGGAGGUCCAGACACCAGUUUACCACCAGCCAGUGAAGCUCCUCCUCCUCCUCCGCCGCCUCCACCGCCUCCCCCUCCUCUGCCCUCUGCCUCAGGUCCAACUGUACCAGUCCCACCACCACCGCCACCUCUUGCUCCUCCUCUGCCAGAUGCUUCACCCUCCGUUAUCUUGAGUUUGGGUCUGUCAGCUAUCAGAAUCAAGAAGCCCAUCAAGACUAAGUUCCGCUUGCCUGUAUUUAACUGGACUGCAUUGAAGCCCAAUCAGAUCAAUGGCACAGUCUUCAAUGAAAUUGACGAUGAACGUGUGCUGGAGGAGCUGGAUUUGGAGAGGUUUGAGGAGCUGUUUAAGACCAGAGCUCAGGGUCCAGUUGUGGAUCUGUCCUGCACAAAGAGCAAAGUCACUCAGAAGGCGGUAAACAAAGUCACACUUCUGGAUGCCAACCGCUCCAAGAACUUAGCCAUCACACUGAGGAAGGCUAACAAGACCACCGAGGAGAUCUGCAAAGCGAUAGAGAAGUUUGAUCUCAAGGCCUUGCCUGUGGACUUUGUGGAGUGCCUGAUGCGUUUCCUGCCCACGGAGGGGGAGGUGAAGCUGCUGCGUCAGUACGAGCGUGAGCGACGUCCGCUGGACCAGUUGGCCGAGGAGGAUCGCUUUAUGUUGUUUUUCAGCAAGAUCGAGAGGCUCACGCAGAGAAUGAACAUCAUCACCUUUGUUGGCAACUUUGCCGACAACGUCAACAUGCUCACGCCGCAGCUCAAUGCCAUCAUCGCUGCUUCCGGCUCAGUCAAAUCCUCACCAAAGCUGAAAAAAAUGCUCGAGAUCAUCUUGGCCUUGGGCAACUACAUGAACAGCAGCAAACGAGGCUGCGUUUAUGGCUUCAAGUUACAAAGUCUUGACCUGCUGCUAGACACUAAAUCUACAGACAGAAAAAUGACAUUGCUCCACUACAUAGCUCUCAUUGUGAAGGAGAAGUACCCUGAACUGGCAAACUUUCACAAUGAAUUGCACUUUGUGGAUAAAGCUGCAGCAGUAUCUCUGGAAAAUGUGCUGCUGGAUGUGCGAGAGCUGGGCAAAGGCAUGGACCUCAUCCGGAGAGAGUGCAGUCUCCACGACCACUCUGUCCUGAAAGGCUUCGUCCAUUCGAGUGACGCACAGCUGGACAAGCUGCAGAAAGACGCCAAAGCAGCAGAGGAAGCCUUCGGCAGUGUGGUCAACUACUUCGGAGAGAGCGUCAAGACGACUCCACCCUCCGUGUUCUUCCCCGUGUUUGUGCGCUUCAUCAAGGCCUACAAGGAUGCAGUGGAAGAAAACGCACAGAGGAAAAAGCAAGAGGAAGCAAUGAGAGAAAAGUUACUGGCUCAGGAGGCUAAACAGCAUGACCCCAAGGUCCAGGCUCAAAAGAAGAGGCAGCAGCAGCACGAGCUGAUCGCAGAGCUACGGAGGCGGCAAGCCAAAGACCACCGGCCUGUGUACGAGGGCAAGGAUGGUACUAUUGAGGACAUCAUCACAGUACUGAAGAGCGUGCCCUUCACAGCCCGCACUGCUAAACGCGGCUCACGGUUCUUCUGUGAAGCCAACCUCUGCGACGACGCCAACUGCUAGCCCUUCCCCCCUAAUGCCAAGGUUGUCCAGAUCUCCGAAACCAGCCUUUCCUGCGAGCUGACGCGUUGAUCCGGAGCGGUUGGAAGAGACCCUAAACCACUUAUUCGUCACUUAUACCCCCCCCUCCUCCUCCUCCUCUCUCCCAUCCCCGUUAUAACCCUCCUCCCUGUGUCCCAAUGGUCCAUCUCAACCCUGAGGCUGCAGAUCACAAAGACUGAAAAGGGAGGACAGGACAGAGCCCUUGUUUUAGCUGGGUAAUUUAUUUAUUUAUGGAGGCCCCUUUACAGCCACUUUAAGUGAGCAGGCAUCAUUAUAGAAGCACAAUGGGCUGCUGCUCCUCUGUCACUGCAGGCAUAAGACUUUCCCUGCUCUGCUGGCACUGAGAGAGUCGGAGGAUGACCGCAACACAGGUGAGUCGAGGACUGGUGGACCACAAACGGAGGAAAAAACUGUGUGUUCACUAGCAGGAAUCUGCCAGCACGUGGAUCUUCAUGUGGAUGUUCCCGAAACCCACUAAUUUCCUCAGAUUGCAGCUCUGGACUUAAACUUGGAGGCAGCCGAGACAAGUUGCCAAACUGUGCUGCUGGGAUGUUUGCCUCGAAGACACUUGCAAAACCUUCCUCCAAAUAACAGAGAAGCUUCUAUGAUAUAACAGCUUGUGGACUGUUUCAAAGCGUUGUCAAGUCCUCGCAACACAUACAAUCAAGCCUUAAUGUUGACAGUUGCGUAUUUCGAUUGUAUCCUGGAGGAAAAGACCAUCACUUUUACUGGUUCUUCUGGACGGAGCUAGCCAAACCAAAACUUUCUCAAAUGUCUCAUGUUUUGCUUUAAGAAGUGCCUUUUGUGUAAACAGUGUUAUUUUCUCACGAGUCAGCCAUAAUUUGUUUGUCUUUCAUUUGUUAAAGAUUGUAUUUUUUACUGCCUUGUACUAUUGCUAAUGUUUGCCUUAUAAUACGGACAAUAUGCAAGUUGAAAGUUCAGGCUUUAAAGGCGCAAAGCCACUAGAGGGUAGAUUUAUUUUUUACCUCUCUAGCACAUCCGUGGCUUUAAACUGAGCUUACAUGAGAGCCCUUAGCGCCUUGUCCAAGUAAUGAUUAAAUACUGAAUGUUAGCGCGCCUCGACAACACUCCCCGUCACGCCCACAGUGACAUUCGGGAAGUGACAAAAUGUAUGAAGAUUUCACAUGGACUGCUGAUGAAGGGUGAUGUUGGGUUAACCUGCUAUAAAUGUGUUAAUAGAUGAAGGAUGAAGGGCGUUUAAGCUUUUAAAAUCUGUUUUAAUACAGGUGAUGCGUUUCUUCCUAACAGCUCACAAGACAUUGGCACAAAGGGAGCGAUACAUCUUUACACUACUUAAUUUGACUCAGCAUUGUAUGAGACACUAUUCUUUAAAUGGACAUUUAUAUUGUUGUACAUUCAAAUCAAGAAAUUGUACUUUUUAGGAGAAAUUACCCUUGGGUAUUGUCAAUUGACUGAAAGAUGACACUUCUCGUUUAAUAAAUAUGAUGAAUUACUACAA